UUUGUUUUUACUACCACACAAAGAAAUUGUGCGAAUUUUACCAUAAAAAUGUAAAAUAAGGGCAUAUAAGAGAGUGAGGGAUCCAUUUCUCAAUAGUUUCGUUGAUCAUUUCAAAUAGUGAGAAGGGUUAUCCUGGUUUUGGGUUGUCCAGUGUAGUGUUCGUUUGGUCCAUCAUAGGUGUUUUUAUUGGAAGAUGAACUAAUUCCAAUGUCAUGCACUUGAUAAUUUCAAUUCAAAAGGAGGGCUGAUCGUUCCCACGUUGACCGAAGCAUUAAACAGAACCUGUGUUUGAAUUCAGCAAGAUAAUACGAAAUCCAUUGCGGUUUACAACAAGUACCUGGUUGUGAUAAGGUGGCUUACUCAUUGUAUUUAUUGGCCAUACACAUAUCCGGUUCGAUACCGUACAAACUCAGGCGUAAGCAGUUCAAAUUUGGAAAGGAAAAGCAUCAGUAAAAAUGUGUGGAGGUCGACAAACUUGUAAGUUCCAGCUCGUACGACCUGAAGAAAGUGGGAUCUGCCAGAGUCUCGUCACGUUUGCCAGCAAUGUUGUCGGUUCUACUGAGAAACCCAGAAUCCCAGAAGAUAUAAAUGCAGUAAUGGCCGAAUUCGCUGCGAAUGGGCGUAGUGUGCAUCAUAAUCCAUUCACUUCAUCAAGGAAUUAUUCAACGCCUAUCAACAAGAGCAAUCGGCCACGUACAACCUGCCGUUGUGGGAAUGAAUGCCCUUGUGGAAAUGAAUCAGGGUACCUUCGAUUCAUGCUUGACUCAACGAAACUAACGAAUUCAUCGUCAGCACAAACUGGUAGAACAUCAGUUGAGAAAUCCAAACGGAUGUUGCGGAAACUUCCGCGUCAAUCAAUGGAAUGCGUAUUCUGUAAAAACAAUAAUGAACCUGCCGAACUUGUUCGUGGCCAUGCGGUACGUGACUUCACAGGCAAAGUGACUUGUCCGAUUUUGCGAACUUUCCGAUGUCCUAUUUGUGGUGCAACUGGCGACAAAGCCCAUACAGUUAAAUACUGUCCACAGAAGCCAAUCAUCACUAUGGAGGACAUAGAAUUCGCUGAACGGGUUCGAACUCUCCAUGAAAUAUGGAAUAACAGAGUUUAUGGUGGUUUUCGAUUCGUAGGCACUAAGGCACUUUAAUUUUUACCUUUUUGACUACUAGUAUUUCGGUAUUUCCCUACAACGGCAGGCAUCACGUUUUUUAAAUUGUGCUUUUUGUUUCGGAAAGUGAAAUCAUUGUUUAUUCGUUACUAUACAAUUUUUUUCAAGAAAAUGGAACUCUGUUGAGUUGUAUGUUCCAAUCAUUUCGACUGUCUUAUUUUUUUUCUACAAAUUUUAAAAAAUUUGGAAGGAUUUAGUUUCGAAUUUUAAGUUCGUUUUUAUUUGUUUGUGAUAUUAUUGAAAUGCAUGUAAAAUAAAAUUUUAUUAUAGGAACCUUGUGCAACGUAAAACAAUAAAACCAGUAAUUUACGUUAUGGAGGUGCUCAAAUCAUUGGGCACAAUUUCCGUAUCUAUAGCUUUACUUAAAAUACCAUGUAAGCUAUUUUAUUAGUUAAGAAAAAGUGAAAUCUGUAUUUUCACAUGAUUUAAUAAAAUUUAUUUCCAGACAUCA